GAAUUAGCUCAACCUCAAAAGAUUGUGGAUUGACUGAAAAUACAUAGGCAAGAAGAAAAAGCAAAUUUCAAGAAAAAAACAAGGAUGGUUAACAUUGCUUUGACACUUCAGGUUCUUCCACUGGUUAUUCUCCUAGGAACUACAUGUUUGGGCGCCUCCCAUUUUUCCUUCUGGGCCAACAUGAUGAAAGAUGAGGCUGAUGACUAUGAGAACUACUACUACUAUACAGAACCAGAGCAGAACGCCAACCUCCAGCAGGAGCUCUCGGAGGAAAUUAGCUGGUUCGAGACAUCUUUAGGGGACUUUGCUGUCAUGAAAGACUCAUGCUUCUCCAACCCCUGCAAAAAUGGUGGUACAUGUGAGGCCAGAGGAAGUGAUUUCAGCUGUCACUGCCCCGCGCCAUACAGUGGGGAUACAUGUGAUAAAGUGGAGGACAUGUGUCGGGAGAAGAACUGCCACUUUGGUGACUGCCUGAUUAUAUUAACCCCACCGUAUUUCAAGUGCAGCUGCAAGCCUCCUUACAAGAGACCCUCCUGCCAGCAUGCAUCCAAACAGUGCAGUCCAAACCCUUGCAAAAAUGGAGGCACCUGCAUACGAAACAGAUACAGAUCCAAAUUCACCUGCAAGUGCCCUGAACAGUUCAGAGGGAGAUUCUGCGAGAUCGGACCAUAUGAUUGUUAUGAAGAGGACUCCUCUACAUAUAGAGGAAGAGUGAACCAAGCAGAAAAUGGCAGGACCUGCCUGCACUGGAAUUCCCACCAUCUCUUGGACCAACCUUUUAAUGCCUUUAUGGAGGAUGCUGACUCAUAUGGCAUUGGUGAUCACAACUUCUGCAGGAAUCCUGAUGAGGAUGAAAGACCCUGGUGCUACAUCAGAAAAAAUGAGGAAAUAGAGUGGGAAUAUUGUGAUGUUUCACCCUGCUCAGCUGAAGAGACCCCCACAGAACCCCCUACAGACCCCCCUGAAAUAUUCCAAACAUGUGGACAACCUGAAGUUCGUAGGACAGUCAAGAAGAUCUAUGGUGGAUCCAAGGCUACAGCUGGAAAACAUCCCUGGAUGGCAUCUCUACAGAGACAGACUCCAAAUGGAAAUGAACAUUUCUGUGGUGGAGUGUUAAUUAAAUCAUGCUGGGUUCUUACUGCUGCACACUGCCUUGAAAACCCAGAAACUAAGAUCCAAGUAGCCCUUGGAAAGCAAAACCUCGAGAAGAAAGAGCGUCAUGAGCAAAUAUUUGAUGCAGUGCAAAUAAUUUUGCAUGGCGAAUACAGAGAGAAGGGUGGUGUCCUAUACAAUGAUAUCGCACUACUUAAACUGCAGCCUGUUGAUGGUUACUGUGCAGUGGAAACAAAGUAUGUGAAAAUAGCAUGUGUCCCUGACUUCUUCCUUCCUGCUGGGACUUCCUGCUUCAUAUCUGGAUGGGGCCAGACAGAGACAGAUGACCAAUCCCAUCAGCUGUUAGAUGCCAAUGUCAAGUUGAUUUCGCAGAGGAAAUGCAAUGAGCCCAAACUACAUGAUAACACACUGGAUGAUAGCAUGUUUUGUGCAGGAAAACUUCGGAAGCCCGGAAUCGAUUCUUGUGAGGGAGACUCUGGAGGCCCACUGACAUGUGUAGAAAAUGGCUCCUACUACACAUAUGGCCUUGUGAGCUGGGGUGAUGGAUGUGGGUUAAAAAACAAGCCAGGAGUUUAUACCCAGGUGACAAAAUUCGCCGGUUGGAUUAAAGAUGUAAUUCAGUCUUCAUCAAGGUCACGUCAUUAGGAGAGAGUUUUGGAAUGACAAAUGGUGCAUUCAAGUCUCACAGGGGAAAUGAAAAGUAAAUAAGGAAUAAGACGUGAAAGAUGCUGCUGUGCUGAAUAUGCUGAAAACAGUAAUGAGGUUAUUUCAUCCCUUGGUGUCAUUAACCCAGGGUAGUGGAAUUACAGCAAAGGCAAUGCAGUCCAGAGAGAGAAGGAGCUGCACAAGUCCACUGGAUUUUUUCAUGAGAAAAAAAAAAGAUUUCACCUGGCCUGUGUCCUGAUGUCUGAAUUGUGAAUAAAACAACUAUGAGAACACUGCAAGCAGGGAUUUGUUCCCUAGAACACAACUCCUACUUUUCCUUACUUCACAUCUAUGUGAAUAUGGGCAAAAGAUGCAAGAUUUGAAACUAGGAGAGACUGUACAAAGAGAACACGAAAGAUGAAAGUCCAGUUACAGAGAGAACAAUAACAUACAAAAAAACAAUAGCACACAAAAACAGUAGAAGAAAAACAGACUGACUGUGAAGUAGUAGAGAUGAGGACCCUGUAAUAUUCUGGGCACUGCACAGCUCAUUCCAUAUUUGGAGAAAUAGUACAAGGUACUUAUUACAGAUAGGCACAGCUUUAUUUUUAGCUGAAAAAGCCCAUUCAAAUUCCUAAAUAAAUAGCAUAAAAUAACCACCUCCUGGGUCUCGAA